GUGUCCCCCGGAGAGCAAGUGUCGUCAAGUGUCUUGCGGUGCGUUAUUGUCGUCUGCUGAGUAAUUGCAAAUAUCUAUACCCCUAAACCGCGCGCCCCCAGCCCUCGAUAAAAUCUAAGCCGGUUUAGAUUUUCCUGGUACGCUUAUCGUUGCGCCGCCGUGCUUAAUCUUUCUAAUUAUUGGAGAUAUCCGAAAAAAAUAUGACUUUCUGACAUUUAUUAUUGGUGACGUCAGAUUUCUGGUGAACAAACAUUGCAUCACUUUUGGCGAAGAAGCGUGCUCGAAGGAAAGUUUCGAUUGCGUAUUUUCGUAGAAUUUUUUGGUUUCAAGAGUUUCGUGACAGAAAAAAAUUGAUCGAAUGCGCGAAGAUUGAUUACGAAAUUGGGUAUAACAGUCGAUACAACAAGGUGUAUUUCGCCGUAAGUGCUUAGGGAGUGCGAUUUAAGGCUUGCUUCGAUAGUAGUGUUAUCUAUGGAAUCGUCGCGGUCUGAAGAACGAAAACCGUCUGUACAUUUUUGAUGGGGGAAGACUUCAGAUCGUUUGAGGACGGCUUUAAAGAGAACUGAGCCGUUAAGCCCGUGCAAAGAGCUCUGUUUGGUUUGUAUUGCGGCUUUGUUUUAUUUGAGUAAAUUCGUGCAAGUUUGUUAGCAAUAAAUAUGAAGUCUGCAGAGAUCCUUUGCCUACUGUGGCUUAUCACAGGUGUGACAUCUGUCAGUGAUUUAGAGACGGAAGGAAGUGGGGCUAGUGGUAUAACUGUGGAUUUUGCUAUUUCCCGAAAGCUUGUGAAAGACCUGGGUGUAGCACACAUAGAUCCAUCUGUCGAAGACGGUAUCUAUCCGGAAGACGACGAUGACUACGUCGAAUUCGCAGAAGAUAAUCACUUGAAGCCAACAACGCUCUCGGAACCACUUGAACAUAAUCAAACAGACACAUCACUAAGUCCGGAGGAAUCCAUCCAGGGGCAACAAUCUUCGGACGUUAAUCUUUUGGUUCCACUAGCUGUAUCUAAUGAUGACGUCAAUGGCACCGCACCUGCAGACACUGCAGAUAUUGCAAUCCAAAGAACCGAAGCAGAACCAUUGAGCUGCAAUGGAUACAAGAAAUUAUCGAGCCAGCCUCAAUACACCGGCACCGGAGCAAACCUGCUCAGAAAAUGUUGUCCUCACGGAGAAAGUUUCCAGCUGCCAAGUGGAAAGUCGUCGCAGGGCUUGAUUUGCGGUCCGGGGGAACCAUUCGGAGAGUUCAGCGUGCAGCCUAUCAGCGCCCAGUUUUACGAUGGUUGUAUUGAAGAUUUGGAACCUGAACCGCCGCUUAAGCUGCAGAUGGCCUACGGCAAUCCCUGCCCUUUUGAGGGUGGAAUGGUGAGAUUUGGACUGGAAACCAAGGAUCGGGUGUUUAUCAUCCAAAAUGGAUCGUUGCUGAUCAUCAACGAUGAGGUGAUGGAGUUCGACAUCUACAACGGGUACUGCUUGGACGUUAACCGUAAGGAUGGCAACUUGACGGCUUACGUUUGCCCUUCCGAGAUCCGUAUGGGCCGGGACAUCUUCAAGGGUCAGAUGGUGGCCCUGGCGUUGUGUCUGAUGGUUGCUAUUCCGCUGCUGCUGGCCACUGCCUUUUUAUACGUAGCCAUUCCGGCCUUCAACGAUAUCCAUGGGGAGGCGUUGUCGUUGAACUGUAUCAAUUUUGCCGUGGCUUUACUUUUGGAGAGCAUCUUUCAGCAUCAAACCCGGGGACAUGGAUCUACCGAUGAUACUGUUGUGUUAGCCAAUUAUGCUGAAUACUUCAUCCUGGCAACAUUCUUCUGGUUGCUGGUGAAUUGUUUGAACAAUUGCAUCCACGCUUGGUACUUCCUACCAAGAGGAAUACAAAUCAAACAGGUUGGCGAAAAACGGACAUUUUUCCUCUAUUUGGCAUUUGCUCAACUGACACCCUUGGCCAUCAUUCUGUCAAAUCCUCCAAAUGGAGACACAACUGCCACGAAGAACUAUUUCUUCAUACCGAUCAUGUGUAUCAUCGCGCUGAACCUACUCAGCUUCGCGAUCAGUUUCUGGGGGCUGCAUCGCGUUAGCAAUCAGCUUAUUAACAACUACAUACAGCGAGGACGGCUUAGCAAUACCGGAAGUGAGGCCGCCUACGCCGCCCUGCAGCAGAUUCCCAACGUCAGUCGAUCCGCAGUUGAUCGCGUCAAGUACAUGACCAAAUACACCGCCAUGUUGUUCAUCGUAAUGGCAGGGGUUUGGACGAUCACCAUUGCAACGUACUACAGUACCAAAAUGAUUCCGAUCCUUUUCGAUAUCCUGUUUGGGCUGCAGGGCAUUCUGAUCUUCAUCAUUUUCAUCUGCCUGCCCCGACCAUUCCGAACGGUGAAAGCAUGGUUCCAAAAGAACGGCCAUUGUGGUUGCAAGCCGGAUUCCGAUGAGGUGGAUCUGCGAAGGCACGGUGCCGCUUACAGGAAUUCCCGAAAUGGAGCCAAUGGACAACAGGACAAAGGUGGCGCCAAAGAGCUUGUCUUGUUGAACAAUGUUCAGUCGGCUUAGAGGAGAAUUAUACUGUAAUACCUACUAGUCCUAAGUUGUGUCCCGACAGUCACGUUUUUCGAAUUUCAGUAUUUAUUGCGCUAAGAGAAGUUAGUUUGUAAGCUUUGCGAAAGGUCCUAAUGCCGACACAUCCGGUUAUACAACUAGAUCUAAGUUAAGUAAAUAUAAA